UCUCACUGGAAGGAGGAGAGGCAGACUGCGGUGUUGUUAGUUUGAACAAAAUGGCUGAAAGACCGCUGUCACCGAGAGCUCACUGAACACCCACCGCGAGUGUCCGCUCAGUCGUCUGGAUUCCACGCAGAAUGUAUUUCCCCGGAGCCGCUGCUCGCUUUGCAUUCGCGGCAGCCAGCACGUCGCUAGCCGUCCAGCCGACUUCUUAAACUGAAACGUUUCUUUUGCACUUUAAAACAAGUUGGCCGGCUGGCGGACGUCGGCUUGGUCAGAGAGAACUCUCUUAGGCGAUUUUUCCCCCUUCGUUUUUGCAAAACCUCUCCUCAGUCGACGACUGAUAUCUUAACGCCAACCAAGCUAACACUAGCUAAAACCAUUAUUCUGCUUUUUAAAAAGUCAUUUAAUUCGUGUUCAGUUAUUUUUUAAUUUUUUUAUUUUGUUAUUAGUGUUGUUUCACCGUUUAUCCCACCCUUCGUUAUAUCGUUAUAUUUUCUUCGAUUAGUUUAAGUUCAAAACGUGUUCUAUUUCAGUAUUUUUUAUGCUCAAAGCAGAAAUCACCGAACUUGCUGUGUGUAUAUCUGGCUGCAAUAGCCGUUGUUUACCUCGGUAUCCUGACACCACAAGCUGCUUCAGCAGCAGUCGGCUUAUCUAUCAAGUCCGACUUUAAUUGCGACUAAAUCUCUGCACCAACGUUUUACGGGUAACUUUUCGAAAAAAGAAAACCAUAAAAAAAAAUUCAGAAAUCGGAUUUUUUUUUUUUUCAUAUUUUCCUGCCAUGCACCGAUUCUUCACUAAAAGCGGCCAAAGCUGUUAUGAACGCAAGCUAAGGGAAGCAAGCAACGCAGGAAAGAGAACCGUUUGAUGGAAGAAAAGAAAAAGAAAAGGCAAGAAGAAAAGACCAAGAAGGAAAUCACUCAGAAAAAGGCUACUGAUCAGAAACCCAAAGUGCCAGAGCCUGUCCCCACUAAGCCCAGUCCUGGUUCAUCUCACCACCUCCAACCCUCCAGCCCCACGCUGCCCCUCUCCUCCUUCUCAACCUCUUCUUCUGGCAAUGGAAAGGGCCCCCCAUGUGGUAGCCAGGUGCUGACUCAGACCCCCCCCCUGCAGCAGUGCCACUUGUCCUCUGCCAGUGGCCGCUAUCCGCCCAGAGAGGUGCCCCCACGCUUCCGUCAGCAGGAGCACAAGCAGCUACUGAAGAGAGGCCAGCCGCUGCCCGUAGGAGCCUUCGGCGCGCUCACCCUCCCUCCUUCCUCUCCCUCCUCUUCGCCCUCAGCGUCUUUGUCGUCAUCCGCUACGACCCAAAACUCUGCCACGUCCGCUACAAGCAAACACAAGCCAGACAUAUCCCUACUGAGCAGCUCUGGUGCCCAGUAUGAGAAGUCUCAUUGGGGCACUUCAAUACCUGUUGACGGACCUUCCAGUGCCAACAAUUGGGACAAAGUGAUUAUUGACGGAAGUGAUACAGAAGCUUGGCCAUCCAUUAAGCAUAAUAUCGACUCUGGCCAGCCAUCAAACCCAGAAUGCUCCUUGGGCUCAGCUACCUCUAACUUAGACACCAGUGCUGUCGCUUCUAGAAGUAGGAGUGGUCUUCUGAGUAUGGCCGCAGGUGCCACUGGCCAGCAGGCCCACUAUAACUCUCUCAAACCAAACGGUACCAUGAUGACGGGGCCUGUGUCAACCAGCACGUUAGCAGCUAGUAGAGGCUGGGGUUCAGAUGGGAAACAAGAUGGCAUGAAUGGUGGAAGAGUAGCAGCCCCCAGUAACUGGGGAUCCCCGAAUUUUAACUUGAACCUCAACCCCAAUGCCAACCCAUCGGCCUGGCCUGUCUUGGGACAUGAAGGUGGUGCGGGAGGUGUUAAUGGCCCCAGCUCUUCGUCCCUCCCACCAGGCAUACAUGGAAAUGGAAAUGUGGGAAACGGGAAUGCGGACACUGGUGGGGGGAGUUGGGUCAGCAUGAUGAGUGGUAAUGACAAUGAUCAGCAGCACCUUUCAACCAACAAAAACUUAUCUUUCAAUAUGGAGCCUGCUAACCUUAACACUGAUGGACCAAACUACACUAAACAACAACAAGCUCAGGAGCCUAUGAGCCCCAUCCACGGUCUUACUGGCUGGGGUGGUCAUUCACCCACUGAGUCUUCCCAGCUCAGUGGGGACACAACAGGCAGCUCUGUGUGGGGUGGAGGAGAAAACAAGCCGACAGAGUCUCCAAAAGACUCAGGCUGGGACUCAUCUCCCUCUGGAGGCCUUUCUGCCUGGGGCCGCCAAGGCAGUGGCGGUGGAAGUAGUGGCAGUGGUGGCUGGGGAGACUGGGGGAAGUCCUCUGGAGGUGGGGAUAUAUCCAAAGGCUGGGACUCUGUGGAUGCUGGUAAUUCUGGUCCAGGCCAGGAUCAGCAAAUGAGUUCAUGGGGCAAACAAUCAGGAACAGCUCCAGCGAGUGAGGAUAGCGGAGACAGCAGUGAAGGGCGAUCCCGAUGCAGAGACAGGUCCUCCAGCAUGGAAUUUGCCCCUCUGCUCCCCCGGCAGGACCUAGACCCCCGAGUGCUGAGUAACUCGGGUUGGGGACAGACCCCCAUCCGGCAGCACACUGUGUGGGAGAUGGAAGAAGCCAAUUCUGAUGAUGGGAAGAGCACUAGCAGCUCAGACACCAUGGCAUGCUCCAGCUCUAAUGGUGGACCCUCAUCAACCAAUGGAGGUGCUAUUAACCCAAACAUUGGGCCCAGCCAGAGGCCUGGAUCUGGAGGAAAAAUGGACAGUGAAGGAUCAUCCUCCUCUGGUUGGGGCGCUCCUCCACCUCAGCCGAUUCAAACUGGAUCAGGAUGGGGGGACCCCCCACUUUCAGCAACCAAAGCCCCAAAUGGCACAGCAUGUGGGUGGGGAGACCCUUUACCUACCAGCGGUCCUAAAAAUGAGGACAGCUCAUCCUGGGGUUCUGAUGAGAAAUCAUCUAGCUGGGAUGAUGGCAUGAUAAAAAACAAGCCUAGCAGCUGGGGAGAAGGCCCCAAAAACUCCCAUAGCUGGGGCAACAGUAAUGGGGGUUCCAGUGGUUCUACCACAGGCGAGUGGGGGGCCCCAGACAUGAAGAAAAAUAGUUCCUCCAGCAGCAUGUGGGAAGGAGAAGGAAGUAAUGGAGAAAGCAGUGGAUGGAAUGAAAGCCCGAGAGGAGGAAUCAGAGGAGGUGGGAGCUGGGGGAAACCUACUCCUGCUGUGAGCAACAGCAACUGGGGAGAAACCCCACGUGCCAAUGGCCCAGUGCAGGGAGGCUGGGGCUCUGCAAAGCCCCAGGAAAGCAGCAGCAGUGGCAGCAGCACUGGUAGUGGAGGAUGUGUCAGCAUUGGUUCCUGGGGUGGUCCUGGCUCGGUGAAGCAAAGCAACCCUGGCUGGGGAAACGUUAGCAAGCAGGAGCCGGGCAUGGAGCCCACCGGUUGGGAGGAGCCCUCUCCUCCCUCCAUCCGCCGGAAGAUGGAGAUCGAUGAUGGAACAUCAACUUGGGGUGAUCCCAACGCCUACAGCAAGACCGUCAACAUGUGGGAUCGCAACAAUCCAAAUAACAACCCAGGCAACAGCGUCCCGCCACCCAGCAAGAAUGGUGCAGUAGCAAUGAUCAAUAAUAACAACAAUCACUCUCACCACAUGCACCAUCAUUCUCACCAUGGCCAGCCCUCAAGUCACAUGCUGCACCAAGGAAACAACAAUGGGUCACCAAAUAAUGCUGCCUCUCAUCCGCCUGGGGGACCCCAGAGUAGACCGCCCCUUGCAAAUCCAGGUUGGGGAGAGCUUCCCAGUGUCCAGCCCAAGCCGGAGCCUGCGUGGGGAGAGCCAGCAGCUCCAACUUCAGCAGUUGACAAUGGUACAUCUGCUUGGGGGAAACCCCCAGGUAGUGUUGGAGGAUGGGGAGACGGUGGCCAUGAGCCACCUGGCCCUUACGUCAGGUCAAAUGGACACACAGGUUCUGCACCUUGCAAAUCAGGCCCCAAACCUAUGCAAGAUAGCUGGGGAAAUGGAGAAGAAAUGAGCAUGUCUACCAGCCAAUGGGACACUGAGGAUGGGGACGUAUGGAACAGUCCCACAUCGCAGGACAGCGGCUCCUCAUGUAAUACCUGGGGCAACGGACCCAAAAAGUGUCCAAGCAAGGGGAAGAUCGGCAGCAAGCAAGAUGAGGCUUGGAUCAUGAACCGUCUGAUUAAACAGCUCACUGACAUGGGCUUUCCGAGAGACCCUGCUGAGGAGGCUUUGAAGAGCAACAACAUGAACCUUGACCAAGCCAUGACUGCUCUCUUGGAGAAGAAGACAGACCUGGACAAGCGGGGCUUGGGGAUGUCUGACUACAGCAGUGGCAUGAACAAGACCCUAGUGUGUCGGCCCUCCGCUCUCUCCAAAGACCCCUCUGACCGCAACACAUUUCUUGACAAGGAUGGCGUCCUGUCAGAUGACGCUCCCCCAUCACCAUUUUUGCCUUCCCCCAGCCUGAAGCUCCCCCUGGCCAACGGUAGCCUUCCUGGGCAGGGUUUGGGACAGGGCAAUCCGGGGCUGGCCAUGCAAAACUUGAACAACAGACAGAUACCCAGUGGAAUGUUUGGCGGUAAUGGAGCAGCACAAACCCGGGCCAUGCAGCAGCAGCAGCAGCAGCAGCCUCCUCAGCCACCAGUGCCACCUCUCAGCUCCUCCCAGCCUAGUCUACGUGCUCAAGUGCCUCAGUUUCUCUCCCCUCAGGUCCAAGCACAACUCUUGCAGUUUGCAGCAAAAAACAUUGGUCUUAACCCUGCACUUUUAACCUCACCAAUAAACCCUCAACAAAUGACCCUGUUGUACCAACUUCAGCAACUGCAAAUGGCAUACCAGCGUUUACAAAUCCAGCAGCAGAUGAUGCAGGCGCAACGCAAUGUGUCCGGCCCCAUUAGGCAACAGGAGCAGCAAGUUGCACGUACAAUCACCAACAUGCAGCAGCAGAUCCAGCAGCACCAGCGUCAGCUGUACCAGGCGCUGCUGAUGAAACAGCAGCAGCUUCCCUCGCAUUCCUCCUCGUCCUCUUCAUCCACCGGUCUGCACCCCUCUGGUGGCCCUGCUGGAGUUCCUGGCUCUGGAAAAUCAACCCUGGACCCUUUCGCAGGCCCACACCAGGCUCCAGGCCUCGCUGACACACUGCACACCAAAGAGCCUCCAUCUUCGCCCAAUGCCUAUAGCACCUACCCUCUUUCUGGACUGAAUCCAAACAUGAAUGUAAAUGGCAUGGACGUUGGGGGUCUGUCCCUGAAGGAGCCCCCCCAGCCCCAGUCUCGCUUGUCCCAGUGGACACACACCAACUCCAUGGACAACCUCACUGGCAACUCUUCAAAUUUGGAGAAUAACUUUAAUAAUAAGCAUGGUGCCAUAUCUGCUGCCUCUACCCUUGGACCCCCAGGGAAGCCCCCCCAGCUGGAGGACUCGUACAGCCCUUACAAUCUAAUCUCUAACUCAGAGUCACCCAGCAGCCCCCUGGUGCCUCCUGACAACUGGGGCCAAGGCAAGAGCCCCAAUGAAAAGAUCUCAAAUGGGGCCAACAUUAACUGGCCUCCAGAGUUCUGCCCAGGUGUGCCAUGGAAGGGCCUUCAGAAUAUUGACCCUGAAAAUGACCCCAACAUGACUCCUGGCAGCGUCCCCAGCGGUCCCACCAUCAACACAAACAUCCACGAUGUCAACCGCUACCUUCUGCGGGACAGGAACGGAGGCAAACUGACUGAAAUGAAGUCUACCUGGUCCCCGGGGCCCAUUGCUCAGAGCCAAGCCUCUCUGUCGCAUGAGUUGUGGAAGGUUCCUCAGGGCCCGCGCAGCACCACGGCCCCGUCCCGGCCCCCGCCUGGUCUCACCAACACCAAGCCCUCCUCCACCUGGGGCGGCAGCUCGUUGGGACUGGCUCAUGGCUGGAGUGCCACUUACUCCUCUGAGGGAACCACAUGGAGCACCGACAGCUCCAACCGGACCAGCAGCUGGCUGGUGCUGAGGAAUCUCACCCCACAGAUCGAUGGCUCAACUCUGAGGACCCUGUGCAUGCAGCACGGUCCCCUGAUCACAUUCCAUCUCAACCUGACUCAGGGGAACGCUGUGGUGCGCUACAGCUCCAAGGACGAGGCCGCCAAGGCCCAGAAGUCCCUGCACAUGUGUGUGCUCGGAAACACCACAAUCCUGGCGGAGUUCGCCGGGGAGGAGGACGUCAACCGCUUCUUUGCACAAGGCCAGUCGCUGGGGGCGACCACCACGAGCUGGCACGCCAACCCAGGAAGCAAUCAAAAUCGGAUGGGCGGGGCCUCCCAAUCCCACUCGAUUGGCCAGUGGAGCAGUGGCGGCGGCGGCGGUGGGAGCAAGGCCAGCGGGAGCGACCUGCUGUGGGGCGGAGUCCCCCAGUACUCCAGCCUGUGGGGGCCGCCCAACGGAGAGGACGCCCGCGUGAUCGGGAGCCCCACCCCCAUUAACACCCUGCUGCCUGGAGAUCUGCUGAGCGGAGAGUCCAUGUAGUGGGCGACGCCACGAUACCCAAUCAGCGCCCUCUUGUGUCAGCUUGCUGGUGGGGGAUCGGAUCAGAAGCGAAAGAAAAGUCCAAAACAGAAAAAAAAAAAUGGUUGAAAUGAGCAAGAGCAAAACCCAAGCAAAUCAUGUGGCGAUAAUCAGUAUCAAGUGAAACUGUUUCAAACUGUGAAUUGUAAAUCAGAAAGCUGAGGGUCCCUGACAAAGACUGCAGACCCCCGAUGCCUCUGCUUUACCCCGGUCCUCUUUCUGUUUCAUUAAUCUAUUUUUAUUUUUAUUUUUGUCUCCGUUUAGUAUUUUCCAGAAACAAACUGGAUUUCAGUUUCAGCGUCUAAAACUGGAAAUGGUCACAACAAAAACCCCUUGUAGGUGUUUUUUUUUUUUCUCUCAAGUUUUUCCAGAAG